AUGGUUACGGUAAGUGAGACACAAUUGGAUGGGUUGCUGCCCUUGGUGGCUAGAGGUAAAGUCCGUGACAUAUACGAAGUAGACGAGCACACGCUGCUUUUUGUUGCCACGGAUAGGAUAUCUGCCUAUGAUGUUAUCAUGGAGAACACUAUCCCUGAUAAAGGUGUGUUGUUGACCAAGCUGUCCGAGUUCUGGUUCGAAUUUCUGAAGGACGAGGUCAGGAACCACUUGAUUGCGAUCCCUCAGGGUAAGACCGUUUUCGACUUGUUGCCAGCGGCGCUGUCCCAGGAUAAGUACAGAUCGCAACUGGAGGGCAGAGCGCUGCUUGUGAGAAAGCACAAGCUGAUCCCCUUGGAAGUUAUUGUGAGAGGGUUUAUCACUGGCUCCGCUUGGAAGGAAUACAAGGCCAAGGGUACAGUGCACACACUUCCACAGCCUGCGGGGCUUCAGGAGUCUCAGGAGUUUCCACAGCCUAUCUUCACCCCAUCGACCAAGGCUGAACAAGGUGAACACGACGAGAAUAUCUCUCCAGAUCAAGCCGCAGAACUGGUUGGGGAAGAUCUGAAGAACAGAAUCGAGCAGCUGGCAAUCAGACUGUACUCCAAAUGCAAAGAGUACGCCAAGACCAAAGGUAUCAUAAUCGCCGAUACAAAGUUCGAAUUCGGCUACGAUGACAAGACAGACGAGAUUAUCCUAGUCGAUGAAGUGUUGACCCCAGACAGCUCCCGUUUCUGGAAUGGUGAAAACUACGCUAUUGGAAAAUCACAAGACUCAUAUGAUAAACAAUUCCUAAGGGACUGGCUGACUUCUAAUGACUUGAAUGGUAAGCCAGGCGUAAAGAUGCCAGAAGAUAUUGUAACUAGAACAAGAGCAAAAUACGUUGAGGCCUUUGAGGCCCUUACAGGCGAGAAAUGGCAAUGA